AUGGACGAAGCAGAGGAGAACGGCAAAGAGCGUUCAUCAAAAGAUGAUACGUCAAAGGUUUCGUUAACCAGCCAGUCAACGUACCUUUGGAAUGGUCCAUCAGCAAACCAGUUCAUCGUCUCCAAGGCGCCUCCAACGAUCCGUUAUAUCCAGAAUUUCAUAACACCAGAGGAGGAGCAGUUGUUUUUGUCGGAGAUCUAUUCUGCGCCGAAACCGAAGUGGCAACAGCUCCUGAAUAGGCGUCUUCAGAAUUGGGGUGGUAUCGUCGGUAGAAAAUCACUCAUACCUGAUGACAAUAUCCCUGAGUGGUUAAAUUUCUUAAUCAACAAACUGAUGUCACUUCCGGAUGCAUUUCCAUCUGAACAUCGUCCCAAUCAUGUUCUUAUCAACGAAUAUCAACCUGGCCAAGGUAUUAUGAAGUGUGCAAAAAAGGAAUCACGGUACGCGGGUUCAAUGCUACUUGAACGUCGCAGUCUUUUGCUAGUGUCUGAUGAAGCCUACACGUACUAUUUGCAUGAGAUUGAUGAAAGAUCCUCUGACGAAGUAACCGAAGAUGUUUUCAAUCAAAAUGUUUCAAAUGUCGAAAUCGGCCAACGCAUUGAUCGUCAGUUGAGGUAG